CCCCCAUUUUCCAGAUGACGCGACUGAGGCCCAACCAGCUUUGUAGGAGGCGGAGUCUCCCCAGGGUCCCUCUCAAGCAGUCCUAGGGGAGGGGGCUCUGGGAGCUACGAGGCCCCUCCCAGCCUCCAUCUCCCGGCUAGCGCGGAGGGGCGGGGAGAGAAAGCAGGAGGAGGAGAACUCCAGCAGCACUGCAGAGGGGCCAGGCAGCUCCGCUCCGGUGUACCCCAGCCCCACCGCUGCUGCAGUGGGGACAAAGGCCUGGCUGUGGCUGCUGCUUUUCCUCCUGCCGCCGCUGCUGCUGCUGCUACUGCUACUGCUGCUGCCCACUACACACCGCCAGCCCCUUGGGGUGUGGUUUCCCCAGACCUGCCCCCAUCGAUGGGACCCAGCCUUCUCCUGUCCUGCGUUUUCCUGGCCUCCCCCAGUAGCCUCCUGCUCUGUCCAGCAGCCCCCUGCCUGGAGACACACCCAACUCCCUUUCAAAGCCCCACCUCCUCCAACCCAUUUUUGGGGGAACCCCUUUCCUCUUAGUCUUUUGAGAUCCCCUGGGUGCUCAGGGUCUGUGCCCAACUUUGGUCCAGUUAAGUUCCAUUCCCUUGGGAUUCCCCGGGCCCCUUUUUCCUUCCCACAGAACUCUUCCAAGAGUGAACCAAGCUUCUUCAGUCCUUCCAGAUACUCCCUCUCCCAGAUAUUCCCUAGCCUCUUCAAAAAUAGCCCAGCCCCAUAUCCAUCCUUUUAACCACCCCAUUCCCCUCUUCACCACACUACAGCUCUCCCAAGUUACUCAGAACUCCCAGAACUCCUAGGGCAUACAUAGACGAUCCCCCCAGGCUAUUCUUGCAGCUCUGGGUACUUUUUAGCCUCUUUACAACCUCCUGGCUAUAUAGCCCCCCUUGAGAUGCGUCAGCCCCUGUUUCAGAUCCGUGAGAGAGCUCCAACCCCCUUAUCUUUUCUCUAGAAAUCUUGAGGGUGUGGGCAACCCUCCCCCCUCUUCCCAGCCCAUUUAGAGCCUACCUCCUCAGACACUGCCAGUCUCUUUCAAGUAUCUGUACCCCUCUGGAUGCCCCAAUAUCCUCUUCAGCCCUACUAAGGGCUCUUUCUUCCCUGAGGACUCCAAAAUGUGGGCAAUAUCCCCGCUAAAUUUCUUCAUCCCUCCAAACCUCUGGACAUCUUCACGCACAUGCUGACUCCAGUGGAAUCAUCUGUCUCUAAACCUGAGGAUCUUUGUUGGCCCCUCAACAAGGGGCUGCCUCCGUCCUUUCUCAGUCUCUCGGAACACCAGCCAGGCCCCUCCUAGAUUGCCUAAUGCCCCGCAAGCUCCUGCCCAUCUCUCUACUUCCACCUCGUGGUUCCUCUUGGCCUCUCUAGACACUCCCAGUUUCCUUGUCCUGGUGGCCCAGGGCCUCUCCAAGUCCCCAACAUCCUGGAGACAGCCACAUUCUCCUAGACACCAAUCCCCUAGUCUCCGUGGGCCUGGGAGCCGCAGGAUGGCGGCAGGAGUGGCCACGUGGCUGCCCUUUGCACGGGCGGCUGCCGUGGGCUGGCUGCCCCUGGCNNNNCAGCCCCUGCCCCCGGCCCCAGGGGUGAAGGCAUCUCGAGGGGAUGAAGUUCUGGUGGUGAAUGUGAGCGGCCGACGCUUUGAGACCUGGAAGAACACACUAGACCGCUACCCAGACACCUUGCUGGGCAGUUCUGAGAAGGAGUUCUUCUACAACGCUGACUCUGGCGAGUACUUCUUUGAUCGCGACCCAGACAUGUUCCGGCACGUGCUGAACUUCUACCGCACGGGCCGACUGCACUGCCCUCGGCAGGAGUGCAUCCAGGCCUUUGAUGAAGAGCUGGCCUUCUAUGGCCUGGUGCCCGAGCUCGUGGGCGACUGCUGCCUUGAAGAGUACCGGGACCGCAAGAAGGAGAACGCUGAGCGCCUGGCGGAGGAUGAGGAGGCUGAACAGUCCGGGGAUGGCCCGACUCUGCCAGCGGGCAGCUCCCUGCGGCAGCGGCUCUGGCGGGCCUUUGAGAACCCGCACACGAGCACCGCGGCUCUAGUUUUCUACUACGUGACAGGCUUUUUCAUCGCCGUGUCGGUCAUUGCCAAUGUGGUAGAGACCAUCCCCUGCCGCAGCCCUUCACGGAGGCUGUCGAGGGAGCAGUCCUGUGGUGACCGCUUUCCGACGGCCUUCUUCUGCAUGGACACAGCCUGUGUACUCAUAUUCACGGGAGAAUACCUCCUGCGGCUCUUUGCUGCCCCUAGCCGGUGCCGCUUCCUACGGAGCGUCAUGAGUCUCAUCGACGUGGUGGCAAUCCUUCCCUACUACAUUGGGCUUUUUGUGCCCAAGAACGGUGAUGUUUCAGGUGCCUUUGUCACCUUGCGCGUGUUCCGGGUCUUCCGCAUCUUCAAGUUCUCCAGGCACUCGCAGGGCUUGAGGAUUCUGGGCUACACACUCAAAAGCUGUGCCUCUGAGCUGGGCUUUCUUCUCUUUUCUCUCACCAUGGCCAUCAUCAUCUUCGCCACUGUCAUGUUCUAUGCUGAGAAGGGCACCAGCAAGACUAACUUUACGAGCAUCCCUGCUGCCUUCUGGUACACCAUUGUCACCAUGACCACACUUGGCUAUGGAGACAUGGUGCCUAGCACCAUUGCUGGCAAGAUUUUCGGGUCCAUCUGCUCACUCAGUGGUGUCUUGGUCAUUGCCCUGCCUGUGCCAGUCAUCGUGUCCAACUUUAGCCGCAUCUAUCACCAGAACCAGCGUGCUGACAAGCGCCGAGCACAGCAGAAGGUGCGCUUGGCAAGGAUUCGGUUGGCAAAGAGUGGAACCACCAAUGCCUUCCUGCAGUACAAGCAGAAUGGGGGCCUAGAGGACAGCGGCAGUGGGGAGGGCCAGGCGCUGCGUGUCAGGAACCGUUCUGCUUUUGAGCAGCAGCAUCACCAUUUGCUGCACUGUCUAGAGAAGACAACGUGCCAUGAGUUUACAGAUGAACUAACCUUCAGUGAGGCCCUGGGAGCUGUCUCACUUGGUGGCUGCACCAGCCGCAGCACCUCUGUGUCCUCUCAGCCAGUGGGGCCUGGCAGCCUACUAUCAUCUUGCUGCCCCCGAAGGACCAAGCGCCGUGCCAUCCGCCUUGCCAACUCCACUGCCUCUGUCAGCCGUGGCAGCAUGCAGGAGCUGGACACACUGGCGGGGCUGCAGAGGAGCCCUGCCCCUCAGAGCCGCUCAAGCCUCAAUGCCAAGCCCCAUGACAGCCUUGACCUGAACUGUGACAGCCGGGACUUCGUAGCCGCCAUUAUCAGUAUCCCCACCCCUCCUGCCAACACACCAGAUGAGAGCCAACCAUCCUCCCCUGGUGGCGGCGGCAGCAGUAGUGGUGGGGCCAGGAGUGCCCUCAGGAACUCCAGCCUGGGUACCCCCUGCCUCCUCCCUGAGACUGUCAAGAUCUCUUCCCUGUGAGGGACAGGCCUGCCCAUUCAGAGGGCCCUCCUCAUUCUUGGGUAUUCCUUUCCAAAGCCAUAUUUUGAGGAGGCAGAGAGGGGCAGGCCUGGCGACGCCUCUGCCCUCUCCCAAGAACUAUGCAAUGGAGUUUUAUGAAAUGAUCCACUUGUGGGGAAAUGUAGCCAGGAGGAGGGAAACUGCUCCCCCUAGACAGGUGUCCUGGUGGGAGCUGAAGUACUGGGCUUCCACAGAACCCUGGCUUCCUUCCCCAGCACACUGGAACUGACCCCUCUCUCCCAGCUGGCCUCCUGCAUGCUCUUCCUCCUGGGCCCUCAGAAGUAGGUAAAGCUUCCCUCUGACAUCUGAGUGCUGGCCUGAUGAGGAGAGUUGAGAGUUCCUCUUCUUUCUGGCAGGGCUCUGGCAGUUUGGGGGUUUAGAAACAAGAAUCCUCUAGGAAGAGGCACACCCUCCCUCCUUGGGCCCAGUAAUUCCUAGAUUCUGAAGCUUGAAAUGCAACCAUGGGCUUCAUGGGCUGUGGCCUCAGCAGCGACCUGUACCCUCCCUAGGUCUUGGCCAAGGGGUCAGGCUGCCUCUCCCAACACACAGAUAGCACAAACACAACCACUCCCUUCCCUGGCUGCUGGAAAUGGGUUCCUACAACCCUGUCCUCUGCUGGGGCCUCAGCAAAUAGCAAUAGCAGCUACUGCUGUGACAAUAUACAAAGCCUCUGACCAGUUCGCUGCAGCAUGUACAUCUGCCCUGAUCAGAUGGGCCACCUCUUACUACUGCUACUCUCUUCUCUGGUUUGCUUCUUUUCUGGGCUAGGCUGGAGUCUGGACUGGUUGAGAUAACAGCCUGGCAGCCUGAAGAGCUGGGCUAAGUGUAGAGAUCAAGGGCCAAUUCUUUGUUCUUGGGCAGGAGUCUAGAAGUGUCAGGGCCAAAGCCUGGGUUGUUCCUGAACUCUGGGAGGUUUAGGAGACAGAAGGAACUUCUUGGUCACCUUCUCUUCCCCUACACCUCGUUUUCACAUAUUACCCUCUUCUCCCUCUUGGGUCACCUUCCAGAGCUCUGAUCUCAGGCUGAAAUCUGGCAUCUCAGGCUCCCUGUCCCCAGCACUGUCCUUGUGGAGCUGGCAGAUGACAAAGAUGUAGUUUCCAUCAGUCAAUAAAACCUGAGAAGCGAGAUGAGGACUGAGUACCUUUUGACUCUAUGGGCUCG